UGAUUUUUUGAUUCAUCUCAUUAGUGAGAUCAACACACACCAGAGACAGAGACAAUAAUUGGGGAAGGCCAUGAGAGGGACCACAUGCCAGCUGAGCCCCCGACUGACUUCAGGGAAGCAGUAUGGACGGAGCGCUGCGGCAUUGAGGGAUAGAAAAGAGACACGAGGAGAGCAGGGAACCAUCAUUCUUCUACCCACAGAUCCCCCAAAGAAGCCUGACCCGGUCACAUCAGAAACAGUUGUCUUUUGGGGGCUGCGCUUAUGGCAGGUUAUCGGUAUCUUUGCUGUCUUCGUUUUAGCAGUCGUGAUCACUCUGUGUUGCAUUUUCAAAUGUCGGAUCCCAAGGACCAAAAAGGAGAUUGAGGCACGUCAUGCACAAAGGCAGGCCGCCAAGAAAUAUGCCAACACAUUGGAGACAGUGCCACCUCUUAAUGAGCUGACAGAGGUUCCAGGAUCUGCUCCUGACUCUUCCACUGUGCAGACACUCUCUGAGCAUAUCCAAAGCCAGAGUCGUAAUAACAGUGAUCUCUCCAUGGCGGGGGUCACUGAGGAGCAGUCGCCGUCACUCACUUUGCCAGAGGCAACCUGAUUACCUUCUUCUUCUUUCUUUUUUUUCUCUGUGCUGUCAUCAAUCUCAGAGUCUCUACUCAAAUAACAGAACUUUUCUAAAAGCCCCAGCAUACAUCUGAUGUCCAUUUUGCAGUCUGUACUUACUUGUCUUCACUUUGAUGUGGCUCAUCAUGCCUGCAUUUGGAGAGACAUGGCUAGAAAUGACUUAAAUACACACAUUAUAACGUUAGCUUAGCCCAUUGUAUGUUUCAAGAUUGUACUCCACCGGCUGCACUUAGCCCUCAGUCUCCUCUGAGAUAAAAGGCUGCCAACUAUGGCCAACAGAGAAAUAAAUACAGGAGACCCUCGUUCUACAUUGUUUUUUAUUGUCAACACUGUCCCUGGAAGUGGGGCAUGAUGGUGAUGGUGAGUUUCUCCUUCCAUGAGCUCACCACUCAUGGGGGAGGCCAAAGGAGUCGGGUGAAGACUGAGUUUGGGGGCCAGCCGAAAGUGGGGACUGUGGCGCUCCAUGCCCAAGCAUAAUGGUACCCACAUGUACAGUUGGCACCUGGGCCACAGUCUCAUGAUGGAUCUUGUGGUUGUGUCGUCAUACUUGAAGAGAGGGGUGUAGGUGUUACCACCUGGUGGUGAGUGGGCGCUGCAGGUGGGCGAGGAUCCUGGUCAGACCCGGCAGACUCUCACUUCCCACAUGCUUUGACAUUUAUACACUGGUUGAAAAUAGCCAUGGAAGAAAUUCUUAGUAAAUUUGAUUAAAAAGGUCACAUCAUUAAACAAUUAAUUGAGUUCAGACAUUUUGGUGCUCUCUUUUAAACCAUGCAAACUUUUUUGACCCUGCCUUUUAAAAGCAACUGAAUCGAGAAAUGUUAGCAAAUGAGCGCUACUGCUUGCCAAAUAGUGAGUGUUGUCAUCCAAUGAAAAGAAUGUACGUGUCUCCAAAUUUUACAUCAUGUCAAUGUAAAGAUUGCCAAAUAUUGAGCCUAAAUGUUUAUUAUUGAUUGUUGAGACUUUACAGCGUCAACCAUUACUCUAUAUAUGAGCAAUGUUUUACUGGGGUAGUAAAGUGGAAUGAGCACAU